ACAAGGUCAAAUGUGGAGCCAAACCAUUAGCGGGGCAUCUUCAAAACCACGUGGUCGAAUCCCGAUGCUCGGACAAAGCUGAAGAUGCUGCUCGAGUCGAAGCCGCACCUUGCACGAAGUAUCAUCACCUGUUGUCCUCGGGAGGGUCGAAGCUGGACAUUCUCAAUACCAUGGAGUCUCGGACAUUCAGUACCGAAUCAUAUUUUCAGACGCAACGACCUCCGUCAGGUCUUGCAGAGCGGACACAAAAGAUGACCGAGUUUGUAGACAAAUGGCGAGCUGUGCCUAAUCAACGGGUCGUCUUGGUCACGAGUGGUGGUACAACCGUGCCGCUUGAAGCGAACACCGUCCGCUUCUUGGACAAUUUCUCUGCAGGCACUAGAGGAGCGACUUCUGCAGAGCACUUUCUCUCGGCCGGCUAUGCGGUCAUCUUCCUGCAUCGACUACACUCCCUUCGCCCAUUCUCAAGGCACUAUUCGCAUUCCUUGAACCCAUUCUUGGACCUCUUGUCGGUAGUCCAAUCAUCGUCAGAUACAGCAGUGUCUGAGCACGCCAAAUCGCUUCUUCCUAUCCUUCAGGCUCAUCAAAAGGCUCAAUCCGAGGGCAAACUCCUCAGCGUAGACUUCCAAACGGUCAACGAGUAUUUGUGGCUCUUGAAAUCUGUAACGUCCGUGUUGGCCCCAUUGCAACGGAGAGGAAUGUUUUAUCUCGCUGCAGCGGUUUCAGACUUUUUCCUUCCGGAAGACAGGAUCGCUGAACAUAAAAUUCAAUCUGUCCAUGGGACGCUCUCGUUAGAAAUGGACCAGGUCCCGAAAGUCUUGAAGCCGCUAGUACAGGAGUGGAAUCCAGAAGGAUACAUCGUCAGCUUCAAGCUUGAAACGGAUAGCACUCUACUUAUUCCAAAGUCAAGAGCUGCGCUCUCACGAUACGGGCAUCAAUUGGUGAUUGGGAAUGAGCUUCAUCAUCGGAAGCAAAGAGUGGUCUUCGUCGAACCUGCGCACCCGUCAUCCACACCUCGAAAGGCACGAGCAGAUGAGCGCAUACGCGAGGUUGAAACGCCGCCUUUGAUGAGUGGAGAUGGAGUCGACUCUUUUCGAGAGACAUGGCUGAGGCUGGAAGACUACGAAGGAAAGAGAACCGACGGAAAUCCCGAAUCAGAGCUUGAAAUCGAAGAGCUGAUCAUCAAAGAGCUGGUUCAGAGGCAUACGAGCUGGAUAGAAGCAGGGUACAGUUCGACCAGCUGAAAAUGCCACAAUUU